AUGGACUGCUGGAAGCAUGAUGUGGUUAUAGAGCUGUCCUCCAAAAAAUCAGAGAACAGAGAUCUGGUCCUGGUCUGCCAGCCAGUGACAGCGCUGCGAGGGCGCAUUUCGCUCGCGUUCAGGGCCGCAGACGAGCUUGCGCUGGCCUUCCUCCUCUUCUCUUCCCCGGCGGCGGCUACCCGGCACCCCCUCCCCGGCCCUGCUCCUCCCCCUCCUCGGCCCGCCCCGCGCCGCGGCCCCCAAUCCCGGGCGCCGAGGGGAGAGGGGGCGACGCGGACACGGCGCGGCGGGCGGAGGGAAAGGCGCGGCAUGGACGCCGAGGACCCGGCCUUCGAGCCCCGGCUCUGCGGGCAGCUCAAGCUCCUGUGCCGGCGGCUGCAGGAGGCGUACCGCGAGCUGCGCGAGGACCUCACGCCCUUCAAGGAUGACCGCUACUACAGGUUGGCGCCCAUGCGGCUGUACACGCUCUCCAAGCGCCACUUCGUCCUCGUGUUCGUUGUUUUCUUCAUCUGCUUUGGCCUGACUGUCUUCGUGGGGAUCAAAGGGCCCAAAGUGAUCCAAACCUCUGCAGCCAAUUUUUCAAUAAACAAUAGCAAAAAGCUAAAGCCAAUUCAAAUACUCUCCAACCCACUGUCUACGUACAAUCAGCAGCUGUGGCUGACGUGUGUCGUUGAGUUGAAUCAAUCAAAAGAAACUUCUGUUCAGACGAGCUUUCCCAUGACUGUUAAAGUUGACGGCGUAGCUCCAGGUGGACAUGUAAGGUUCAUUCAUAACAAAGUCCACAAUCGGACCAGGACCCUCACCUGUGCUGGGAAAUGUGCAGAGAUUAUUGUGGCUCACCUCGGCUACCUGAAUUAUACGCAGUACACCGUGGUGGUGGGGUUUGAACACCUGAAGCUGCACAUCAAGGAGAUGAACUUUACAUGGAAGACCUACAACCCUGCCUUUUCCCAGUUGGAAAUCUGGUUCCGAUUUGUCUUUGUGGUGCUGACCUUCCUUGUCACUUGCCUAUUUGCUCACUCGCUGCGGAAGUUCUCCAUGAGAGACUGGGGGAUUGAGCAGAGGUGGAUGUCCAUACUGCUGCCGCUCCUGCUGCUGUACAAUGACCCCUUCUUCCCGCUCUCCUUCCUGGUGAACAGCUGGCUCCCAGGCAUGCUGGACGACCUCUUCCAGUCAUUGUUCCUGUGUGCCCUGUUGCUCUUCUGGCUCUGUGUAUACCACGGCAUCCGGGUGCAGGGAGAAAGAAAGUGUUUAACUUUCUAUUUGCCUAAGUUCUUUAUAGUUGGACUACUAUGGUUGGCUUCUGUGACGCUCGGGAUAUGGCAAACAGUUAAUGAAUUACAUGAUCCAAUGUACCAGUAUCGAGUUGACACAGGAAAUUUUCAGGGGAUGAAGAUUUUCUUCAUGGUGGUGGCAGCCGUGUAUAUCUUAUACCUUCUGUUCCUGAUUGUGCGGGCAUGUUCUGAGCUCCGCCAUAUGCCUUAUGUAGACCUCAGGUUAAAAUUCCUGACCGCGUUGACCUUUGUGGUGCUUGUCAUCAGCAUCAUCAUCCUUUAUUUGAGGUUUGGAGCACAAGUUUUGCAAGAUAAUUUUGUAGCUGAACUGUCAACUCAUUACCAGAAUUCAGCCGAAUUCUUAUCUUUCUACGGCCUGUUGAACUUUUAUCUCUACACUCUGGCCUUCGUGUACUCCCCAUCCAAGAACGCCCUGUACGAGUCCCAGCUGAAAGACAACCCCGCCUUCUCCAUGCUGAACGACUCAGACGACGACGUCAUCUAUGGGAGCGAUUAUGAAGAAAUGCCUCUGCAGAAUGGCCAGGCCAUCAGGGCCAAGUACAAGGAGGAGUCGGACAGUGACUGA